UACACUACCACUAGCUUAUCAUCAGCUGAAAGCACCACGACCAUGGCCGCUUCGGUCGAACCAACGCAUCUCGGCCGCCUCGAGCCGAGCUCCGCUCAGAUGCAGGCUUUCAUGAACGGGACCAGGGCGUACCCUCCUUCUUCCCCGAGCCGCAUCCCGCGCCGCUCUGAUCGUGGCUUCACCGCCCUUGUCUCGUCGCACCCGUGGGAGUGGGACGAAGACGACGACGACGACGAGCAGGACUGGCGCGAGCUCUACGGCUCGCACCUGCAGCUGCAGGUGGUCGAGCCGGCGGCGAACGACCGGCGCGACGAGGGCACCGCGGACGCCUGGGUCAAGCGCAACCCGUCCCUGAUCCGGCUCACCGGGAAGCACCCGCUCAACUGCGAGCCGCCGCUGGCGCGCCUGAUGCGCCACGGCUUCAUCACCCCGGCGCCGCUGCACUACGUGCGCAACCACGGCGCCGUGCCGCGGGCGGACUGGGCGAUGUGGACCGUCGAGGUGGUGGGCCUCGUCCGCCGUCCCGCGCGGCUCACCAUGGAGCAGCUCGCCCGCGGCUUCCCCGCCGUGGAGCUCCCCGUCACGCUCGUCUGCUCCAGCAACCGGCGCGGGGAGCAGAACGCGGCGCGCCAGACGCUGGGCUUCAACUGGGGCCCCGCCGCCGUGUCCACCUCCGUGUGGCGCGGCGCGCGCCUCCGCGACGUGCUGCGCCGGUGCGGCAUCGCGCCCCGCGCCGGCGGCGCGCUCAACGUCUGCUUCGAGGGCGCCGACAGCCUCCCCGGCGGCGGCGGCGGCUGCACCACGUACGGCACCAGCAUCCGGCGCGAGUGGGCCAUGGACCCGGCCAUGGACGUCAUGCUCGCCUACAUGCAGAACGGCGAGCCGCUGCUGCCGGACCACGGCUUCCCGGUGCGCGUCAUCGUCCCCGGCUGCACGGCCGGCCGCAUGGUCAAGUGGCUCCGCCGCAUCGUCGUCACCACCGCCGAGUCCGACAACUACUACCAUUACCGCGACAACCGCUUCCUGCCGUCCCACGUGGACGCCGAGCUCGCCGACGCGGAAGGGUGGUGGUACAAGCCGGAGCACGUCAUCAACGAGAUGAACAUCAACUCGGUGAUCACGACGCCGGGGCACGACGAGAUCCUGCCCGUCGACGGCGUCACCACGCAGCGGGGGUACACCAUUAAGGGAUACGCCUACUCCGGUGGUGGCAAGAAGGUGACGCGGGUGGAGGUGACGCUGGACGGCGGCGAGACAUGGCUGGUAUGCGAGCUCAACCACCCGGAGAAGCCCAACAAGUACGGCAAGCACUGGUGCUGGUGCUUCUGGUCCGUGGAGGUGGAGGUGCUCGACCUCCUCGGCGCCAGGGAGAUCGCCGUCCGCGCCUGGGACCAGUCGCUCAACACCCAGCCGGAGAAGCUCGUCUGGAACCUCAUGGGGAUGAUGAACAACUGCUGGUUCAGGGUGAAGGUGAACGUGUGCCGGCCGCGCAAGGGGGAGAUCGGGCUGGCGUUCGAGCACCCGACGCAGCCCGGCAACCAGCCGGGCGGGUGGAUGGCGCGGCAGAAGCGCAUCGACGCGGCGGAGGCCGCCGCGACGGCGCUCCAGCGCGGCACCCCGCCCGAGCCGCCCGCCACGAACACCGCCGGCGCUAGCAAGCGGUUCACGAUGGCCGAGGUCCGGGAGCACGCGUCCCGGGACUCGGCGUGGAUCGUCGUCCACGGCAGCGUCUACGACUGCACCGCGUACCUCGAGGACCACCCCGGCGGCGCCGACAGCAUCCUCAUCAACGCCGGCACCGACUGCACCGAGGAGUUCGACGCCAUCCACUCCGACAAGGCCAAAGCGCUCCUCGACGCCUACCGCAUCGGCGAGCUCGUCACCACCGGCACCGGCCACAACUCCGACGCCGCCAUCCACUGCGCGUCCUCCAGCCUCUCCCACCUCGACCCCAUCCCCGGCGCCGUCAAGCCCGCCGCGCCCGCCGCCGCCGUCGCGCUCGCCAACCCUCUGGAGAAGGUCCCCUGCCGCCUCGUGGGCAAGAAGGAGCUCUCCCGCGACGUCCGCAUCUUCCGGUUCGCCCUGCCGUCGGCCGGCCAGGAGCUCGGGCUCCCCGUCGGCAAGCAUAUCCUGGUGUGCGCCGACAUCGCGGGGAAGCCGUGCGCGCGGGCGUACACGCCGACGAGCGCGGCGGACGAGGCCGGCCACUUCGAGCUCCUCGUUAAGGUGUACUUCAAGGGCGAGCACCCCAAGUUCCCCGGCGGCGGGCUCAUGACCCAGCACCUGGACUCCCUCCCGAUCGGCUCCCGCGUCGACGUCAAGGGGCCCCUCGGCCACGUCGCGUACGCCGGCCGCGGCGAGUUCGUGAUCGACGGCGAGCCGCGCCGGGCUCGCCGCCUCGCGAUGGUCGCCGGCGGCAGCGGGAUCGCGCCGGUGUACCAGGUGAUCCAGGCGGUGCUGCGCGACCAGCCGGGGGACCGGACGGAGAUGCACCUCGUGUACGCGAACCGCACGGAGGAGGACAUCCUCCUGCGCGGCGAGCUGGAGCGGUGGGCGGCCGAGUUCCCGGACAGGCUCAAGGUGUGGUACGUGGUCGAACGGGUGAAGCGGCCGGAGGAGGGGUGGGAGUACAGCGUCGGAUUCGUGACAGAGGCUAUACUGCGGGAACACGUGCCGGAGGGCGGCGACGACGACGCGCUGGCGCUCGCCUGCGGGCCGCCGGCGAUGAUCCAGCUCGCCGUCGCGCCCAGCCUGGAGAAGAUGAAGUACCGCAGGUCCAGUUCUUUCGUCGUCUUCUAAGUUCCAUAGCGCCGUCGCCGUGAGCUCGGUGCCACCAGUAAGAAGGUUUUUGUUUGCGUCUGCUCGAUCCCCAACGACAGGGGAAAUAUUUGCAUAAUACGAUAUAGUCCUACAGGAAUGUAUAUUCGAAAUAAAUAAUUUCAGUAUAUAUAUGGGGAUGAAUAAGUGGAGCAUAGGCCCACAUGUAAAUGGAAGAUCAUUGUAUACAAAAAGGAGAAAUUGUGUAUU